ACCUCCUCCUCCUCCUCCUCGAUCCACCAGCACCACCAUCACGAUGGCCUCCACUAUCAGCACCACCAUUGCACUCAUCGUAGCCACAUUGCUCGUCCGUGCCCGAGCUCAGCCUGUGGCCCCUGGCCCGACCCCGGCACCGCUCAACCUCACCGCCGUCCUCGAGAAGGGCGGCCAGUACACCACGCUCAUCCGCCUCCUCAGGACAACCCAAGUGGAGCAGCAGGUCAACAGCCAGCUCAACAACUCCUUCAACGGCCUCACCGUCUUCGCCCCCACCGACAACGCCUUCAACAGCCUCAAGGCCGGAACGCUUAACGGCCUCAGCCAACAAGAACAAGUUGCACUCGUCCUCUUCCACGUCCUCCCUCGCUUCUACAGCCUCUCCUCCUUCGAGACUACCAGCAACCCGGUUCAGACCCAGGCAUCCAGCAACAAUGGCGUUUACACGGUCAACAUCACGAGCACGACGAGCCAGGUGAACAUCUCGACCGGCGUCGUCAGCACGCCGGUCACCAACACGCUUAGAUCCGACUUCCCACUCGCCGUUUACUCGAUUGAUAAAGUCCUGCUGCCUUAUGACCUCUUCGGGGCCAAGCCUCCGGCGACGGCUCCGGCACCGGCACCGGCGAAGGAGAAGCCUGGGAAGAGCGACAAGACCCCGACAGCACCGAAGGCCGAUGGGCCUUCGGCGGAAUCGGAGAGCAGCCCGUCGGCGGCGGUCGGUUUGAAGGGGAGGGGAGUGCUGGUCUGGAGUUUUGUUGCGGGGGCGGGGGUGAUGGGGAUCAUUGGGAGUCUUUUGUGAGGAGUGCAUUGAGUUCUUCUUCAUGGGAUUGUAUUGCGUUGUGUUGCAUGGAUUUAUGGUUGUUAUUGCGAUUGUGUUCGAUUUGUUGUGGCGUUUUUUUUUCUCUUUUAAAUUUC